AAACUUGUAGUGGUAUAGUUGCAGAACGAAAGAUCACGACAACAGUAUUGCUUCGAGCGACUGCACUUUCUACGCUAUGGUUGUAAUUUCUCCUCGGGAUCUUUUGUUAAGCUCAUAUCGUAAAAACUUUAUAAAGAGGCUGUUGCACAGAUCUGAAGUUCGAAGGAUGAAGACAUUCGGAAAGUCCAGGUGUCGAGGAAAUGAUGAGAAAAGCAACGUUGAUUUCGAGUGGUUGUUCCCGCGGGGCUUUGGGCUUCGAUCUUUUUUUUGGUUCGAAGACUUAUGAAUAUUGAUCAUCCGUGAACAAAAGCUGCACAAAUCAGCAAUGGAAUAUAGUUUCAAUAUGAAACUCAAACAACGGACGAAGUGAACGAUGAACAAGACACCUUACAUUGUUGCCUUGAUGUGACUGAGGAUGAUGAAAUGCGGUAGCCGGUCGGAAAAAUUCAUAGUUGCAAACUGAACCCGAGACUUAAAGAGUAACGUGUUCAUGCUCGCAAAUCCAGUGCUUCAUAUUCUUCAGUAUUCUCAACGUGACACCGAGCUUAUCAAGACAAUCUCAUUUCGUCUUGAUUCGCAAGGCCAGCCGCUAGGUUCUCGCGUGGCAGGAGUUGACUGCGUAUUUGGCUGUAGCAUGUGCACGGCGGCGCCUAGCUACCAAACUGAGGUGCUUGGGAGCACAAAAGACUGAUCCCAGUGUAAUACGGUGUAGAUACAAAUCGUGACACUGGGAGUACUCGUGCUCAUAAUUUGUUCUGCAGGCUGGAUCUCAGUCGCACGCGCUGCGCUUGCAGUUGUACGCGUCCUCGCCUCAUUUGCAGGCUCUUCCUCAAGAGAGAGGGUUCUGCACAGCUGCAGAGGAGCUCGGUACGCUUGAAUCUGGUCAUGAUGGGCCUUGUCUUGUCUUGCUGAAUGAUUGCAAAGUCUCUGCUGAAGACUUCAAUCAUCACAUACUGUCAACUUUCUUGCGAGGGUACAGAGGUUCAAGUCAAACAUUUCGUUUUAUUUUGUCAAGUUCUCAUGACUGGGCGCCAUUCCAGAUUCAGCCCGCUGAAGUUCAGGUUGCUCCUCGCAAGUUUUGUUUAUUCUAGGUAUGUUGUUCGAGUGUACUGGUUUGAACAUGUCACCUCUUCACGUACGGAGCUUCUAUCACAUUUAAACAUGCUGAUUCAACAGCAUUCGGAUAGUUCCUGUCAUUCAACUCAGGAUCGUGAUCUUUCUGGUAGUUUUGGUGCAGAGGGCGAAGAAUAUGUUAUGAAGGAUGCCUUGUUGGCUGAAAAUAGUUUUGAAGUUACACCCUUGCAUCACCUGUUAACGGACUCUUCUUCUCAUGGUGACUGUUCACUUCAUGACAAGUCAAAGGAGGGUCGUUUGGAAAAGCCUAGGGGGAAAUUAAAAGUGAGAUUGCAAACAUACCCUCGAAGUUUUGCGGAAUUUCUGGCGGAGGAGCUAACAGGCAUUGACUGUCAGUUACAUAAUUUUUCUCAAAGUUUGUACGCGCUAGAAGUGGAUGGAAAGUACCGAUAUGGGCUAUCAUCCGGAGCCGAUAUGUAUCUUGCACCUUGCGACAGAGAAGAUCUGGCGAAAGACUACAUAGCGAGAGCUGCCUUGAAGCUUGAAGAAGUUACCCAAGUUUGUGGGUUUAAGUUGAACAAGGACAUGAUUGCUAUGGAUCUUGGUGCGUCACCUGGGGCGUGGACCCAGUUUUUGAGCAAACAUAUACAAAGAGUUGUUGCUGUCGACCCUGCUGAGCUAAAUGGACAAGUUUUGCAACAGAAUGUUACUCAUAUUCGCAAGCUGGCACAAGAUGCAACUGAAGAACUCGUUGCAUGGAGCGAAGGCAAGGGAUAUGAUCUGCUGGUCUGUGAUGUCAACCGCCAUCCAGUAGAAGCUGCAAAACUUGUCUCACCAUUACUGCCCUAUCUCAAAGAGGGCGGUCUCCUUGUGCUCACACUCAAGUUUCAUGGUCGGGGGAGGGACAAGGAGCAAAAGGUGGAUGAAAUCAAAGGCAUUUUUCGAAAGGUUUUAAUUAAAACAGACUGCAUUUGGCUUCUCGCAAAUAGCAUAUACGAACGAACGUUUGUUGGAAUUAAAGGAAACCAGUAGUCGAGAUCCCUAUAGUGACAAUUCAUAUUGAGCAGGAUACAGAGAAUAUUUUUUCCAAGCUUCAUAUCGAUGUCCUGGUGGUUAACUGUUCACUGAGACGGUCAUUUGUUCGACAUUUGCUACGUAAUCUUUAUAGCUAUUGUCGUGGACAUCCGGAGGAUUGGUGUUUUUCACUAUCGGGCUUUCGGUGUCAAACUAGCUGUACUGUAUCUGAAAAAUUUGUUCAUGCGCUCAGACUGCAAGUCGAGGUAUUACACACGCUGCUUAGGGAUGCCAAACAUCGCUGAAGGGUGGGACAAGCUCUGCAUGUAAGACUCUAGCUAGCGCAGAGUUUAAAUCAUCACCACGUAGUCAAGUCUUAUCAAAACUUACAUCUCGUGAAACAAAAUGGAGUAAAAAUGUAUGAGG